AUGAAGUCGGAGAAAGUCACCCUCAUUAGCUCUGACGGCGUCUCUUUUAAGGUCGACAAAGCCGACGCCAUCCGGUCUCGGACGAUCAAACAGAUGAUCGAUGAAGACGGAGCUGGUAACGUCUUCACGUUACAUAAUGUUAACCGCUGCAUCCUCGGGGCAGUCAUCUUCUUCCUGAAGCAGCGUUUUUACAUUGGGGGAGAAGAGCUUUUAAUGGAUCAUGAGUUAGAAUAUCUGCUUGGCCGCAAGACGACAUACGCUGCCGCUGCCGCCGCUGCCGCCGCCGCUGUCGAUGAUGCUGAUAGGGAUCUUGUUGAGGUUCAGAUCAAGAGGUUGGUGGCUGAGGAGAAGCGCAAACACUUCGACGCGCUGUUCGUCAUGGUCGACCAGAACACGCUCUUUGAUCUCAUUCGAGCCGCAGACUACUUGGACAUUCCGGAGCUGCUGGACCUCACCAAAAAGGCUCUUUUUGAUAGGUUCGGGUGGGAGAUAGAGAUACCCGAGGAUAUUUGCAUGAUUUUUGACUUCAUCUCGGAGAGGGAGGAGUUGGUCUGAUUCCGUCUGAAGGGAGAAGCUGUGGUUUUCUGUAAAUAUGUUUUAGUUAAGAGUAAACGGCAUUUACCAACCCAAGGUUUAGCCAAUCUUUAAGUUCCCAUCCAUGGUUUCAUAAAUUUCAGAUUCUCACCUAUAGUUUCAUAAAUUCUAGAUACCCACCCUUAAAUUAACACUGCUAGUAAUUUUUGGU